CAGUUUGUUAUCUGUCAAGUUACGAAGAGCAGUCAUAGCAGUUGAACAGUCCUUUGAAGAAAAUCCAUUUAGGAAUAUUGGUGCUCACUUUGGACUUGUUAGUGUGCAGGAUCAGUAGAGUGGUCCACUUGCCCGGUCUCCAACAACUGUCUAGAUAUAAAAAUGAACUGAAUUUCCUUGUCUUUAGAUUUUAUAGUGCAUCACUAUCUUCCUGUAACCAGAACAUGAAGAAUAUGGUGGUGAUUUAGGACCAACUUGGUUGUUGGCUUUUUCCUCACAAGUUGAGUGCCACUUUCUUCUUCCAGCUGAACCAAAAUGUUAGCUUGUUCUUUUCAGUAGCAGUGAGGGAAGAUGCAUGACAAUUCCUAUUGAAAGACUGUUACUCAGAAGUUUAUGUUCUGAUGUGCUCUGGCAAUGGUGAUAAGCCUCUGACUUGGUUUCUUCAGAAGCAGUGUCAUUGACUGCUCUGUUCUCCACAUUUUGCUGCAGAAAUAGAUCUUUUUUUGUGGCAAAUGCUUUCUGGAGUUUCUUGUCCUGUCCAUAUGAGGGGCUUUCCAUCCUUAGUGAGGACUUUUUUGGUGGGUUCCAACAAAACAGCAUCUCAUGCAACUGCAUUGCUUUCAGUUAGUAGUAAUUAUUUCUCUGAAUGCAGUCCUAAGAAGUUCAUCUUUAUUUGCAUUGUACUGAGGUUCUUGCCUAGUGCUGUCAUUAAUAUCUUGUUGUAUCCUUGUAUUUAUAAUUCCCUUAGCACUAUAAGAGUAAAGUCAGUAAUUAUAGGCUAUGCCUUUGAUUUUUUUGGAGCAAGAAGACUGAAGUCAUAGUACUCUUUACCCGUCUCUGUAACAUCUGAGUAUUUCCUGUGUGAAUCAACUUAAUAAGAAAAAUUGCCGCCUUCUGUCAAGCUAAUCUAUUCAUGUGAGAUUAUCCUUUGGCUAAAGGUCUCUGGAUGGCAGACUCUGAAAAGAAACGCUGUUUUAAGAGACACCAAAGAUGCUAACGAGAAAGAUUAAGCUUUGGGACAUUAAUGCCCAUAUAACCUGUCGUCUGUGCAAUGGAUACCUGAUUGAUGCUACUACUGUAACAGAAUGCUUACAUACUUUCUGUAGAAGCUGCCUAGUGAAAUAUUUGGAGGAAAACAAUACCUGUCCAACCUGUAGAAUUGUUAUACAUCAGAGUCACCCGUUACAGUAUAUUGGUCAUGACAGAACAAUGCAAGAUAUUGUUUACAAACUUGUGCCAGGCCUCCAAGAAGCGGAAAUGAAAAAGCAAAGGGAGUUUUAUCACAAACUGGGCAUGGAAGUUCCAGGGGACAUCAAAGGGGAGACAUGUUCUACAAAACAGCACCUAGAUUCCCACCGAAAUGGUGAAACUAAAACAGAUGAAAAUUCAAACAAAGAAACUUCAGAGGAAAAACAGGAAGAAGAUAAUGACUACCACCGAAGUGAUGAACAGGUAAGCAUCUGCUUGGAAUGCAAUAGCAGCAAAUUGCGUGGACUGAAACGAAAAUGGAUUCGUUGCUCAGCACAAGCAACAGUCUUGCAUCUAAAGAAGUUCAUUGCCAAAAAACUUAACCUUUCUUCUUUUAACGAGCUGGACAUAUUAUGCAAUGAAGAGAUUCUUGGCAAGGACCACACACUCAAGUUUGUAGUUGUUACUAGAUGGAGAUUUAAGAAAGCACCUCUACUGCUACAUUACAGACCCAAAAUGGACUUGCUGUAAGAGAACUUUAUUGUCCUUCUGGACAGAGUUUUUUGCAGAGACUAUCAUCUGGCACCUUCUUAGUGCAUCACUAAUCACGUGACACAAGCCAGCCAAGUAAUUUUGGAAGACUAGGGCUUUCAUAGUGGACUGUCCUUCUGAAUAUUUCUUCUAGGGAUGUGUUACCUAGAUUUCUGGACAGAAAAUAUUUAUACUUUUUUUGUACGGAAGAAAGAAGUUGCAACUCAACAAGACACUACCAGCACUAAGUUUACAGAUGCGGAAAACACUUCACAGUUCCAUGUAGCUCAGCCUGAUUUAUCUCUUACAGUUACACAGAAAUAAGUUAGAAUGUUGUGAAGUGGUUUAAAAAUGUUGCUUUUGACACCAAGUUGCAUUUAGUUACUUUUCACAUUCUGAAUCUUUAAAAACUAUAUUUUUGCAAAGUGUUCUUGUCUUAUAUAGUAUGCCUGAUUGCAUUGGCUUUAUUCAAGUUAUUCUGUAGAGCAUUGAACAUACCUAAUAAUAUAGUGACUGGUGAUAAUUUAUUAUGCUGCAUUGAAAACUUCUCAAAAUCUGGGAAACCAAUAAGUUUGUCAUUUCUGCCCAGUUAUUGCUCUCCCUCAUUUUGUGUUUUAGUAAAGUUUUGACACGCCCUUAUGCAUGUUGAUUUGGUAAGAUUAAUAGAAAUAAUUUCAGUUGAUUUUAAUGUGCCCUGAUAUUUUGCUGUGGCAAUUGCACCACAUAAUGACAAAUACUCAAAAGAGCUGAGCUAGAUUUGUGAACUUCUUAAAAAAUAAACAUUUCUUAUGUAGUUGUGGCUUGCAGAAAUCAGUUUUUAAUUUAGAGAGAAUUUGUUCUCACUAGCUAUUGAAACACUGGCUCUUGGGCAACUUUGGGUGAUAUUGCACAGUUUUAAUUUCACUGAUUAAAAAUUCCUCAGAUCAUUAUAAGCAGCUCUGUAUUUCCUUUAGCUGUUUUCUUACAAAACCAUAGCAUUUUCUUUUGCGCAAUUCCUAGCUGUUGGGGGGGUGGGGGGUGGUGCGGGUCAGACAAGAUUAUUUUAGCACCUUCUGGCCUUAACUGAUAAUUCUGCUUGCAUCAGCUGUAAUGGAUGCAAGGUAAUCCACACGUGCAUAUGUAUGUAUGUGUGCAUACAUCUAUACACACAUAUAACUAUGUUGUGUUAUAGAAUGCAACCUCAAUAGCACUUGGCAGGGUUCACUGCACUUUUUGUAAGGCUUUUUGAAAUAGUUGGCUUUUUAAAAACAGUAGUUGAAAGUGAUUUCUGCAAGCUGUAUACAGUAUAGCAUAUAUAGCGUGAUUGUGAGAGUAUUUGUCUGGCACAGGUGUCAAGUCACUGAAAACAGGCUAUGCCAUAUUAUUGGUAGCUGGAAAUAGUUAACCUUCUAAUUGUUGGAAGAGUUCUCCAGUCAGCUGAAAAAGCUAGUUGCUCUUCCUGUUAUUAAACCCUGUUAUUUUUUGAUAAAUUGUCUUUGGAUAAGAAAAUAACUUUGCCUGUAACUGCCCUGCUUCCUUUAGGUGUGCUCCUUCCCCUCUUCUGCUAGAAAGUAGUAACAGGAAGCUGCUAACUGCAAGAGGUUUAUCCAAGCAUUUUAAAUCCUCUUCCUCUUCUUGAGUUUUCGAAGCACCACAUUGCUCAGCAUCUGUCCCAUAAUUUCCUUUUUCGGAGUCUUCAGUCCUCCUUCUUCAGCCCUGCUGCUGCAGAAGGGGUGCUCCAACUUGUGUUUACCUUUGAAAACAGGGUUUCUCAUUUUUAAUCACAGUCACAGAUGUGAAUGGGAAGGAAAUCAAGAAGUAUGCGAGCAGGGAAUGAAAGGGAGCAUACCGAGCUGUGGAGAGGGAAAGGAGAGCCGCACAAAGGCCAAAAAGGGCUGCUGUCCUUGCAGAUGAAGGUAUAGGAUAGCUGCAUUUGAGUGUUUGGGUUAUGCAGAACUCUACAUCUGGGCUGGGUGGCUGGGUUUUGGGGUGGGAGGGAUUGUCUGUGUGCAUGCAUAGAAGCAAUGGAAUCGAACUUGGCUCUGGUUUUGUCUUACUGUUCACGGACUCAGACGUAUGUAUUUUAGCUUUUUUUCUGUCUUUAACAUUACUUGAACUGGCAGAAGAGAACAAAUGACAUCAUGGGUCUACCACUUUUAUAAUCUUCUAAUGAAACAGUGAAUGCAGGUGGUAUGGAUGUUUAUACAAACUGACCUCCUGGGCCUUUCUGGAGCUACUUAUGUGGUUGUUACUGUCCUAGUGUAAAUAAGUGACUGGCUGUAGCCACUGAGGCACUGAAAAUAUGAACAGGGCUGUAAAUGUCCACCCUCUGUGCACCCUGAGUAUACAGACACUGGCUGUACCUGAUGUAGACAUAAAAUUAAAGCUGCCAGACAGCAUUCUGAUUAACCACCUUAAUCAGGAUAUAUAUAUAUAUAUAUAUACACACACACACAAACCCAAAUAUAUAUAUAUAUCUUUAUGUGAGAUCUGUCUACCUCAGAGUGUGUGUACUGCAGAAACUCUUUGUACGACUAGAUAUUGAUGCAGUUCUGUAAAAGUACAUUGGGAUUUUAGUACUUUCCUGUGUACUUGUGCAACUGAGAAAUUAGUUACGAGCAUGCAAAUUCAGAAGCCUUUCAAAUCUAUCUCUUGCUGUAACAAUCUACAGUACAGAACAUACAUUUAUAACCAUCUUUAGAAUCACUUGAAUUUGUUACGGUGCUAUCAAUACAUUGAAAACUCCAUUUAUACCUGUAUGGAUACAUAAAUUCAAGCCAGUAUUAAUACCUACAGCUGGUUUUUCUGCUCAUCAUUGUGUGUAACUGCUUUUGCCAUGUGUUUAAUCUGAUAAAACCUUACCAGUAAAAAGAAAAAAAAAAAUACAAACCCACCCAGUUAUUUUUCUAAAUCACAUGUCACAACAUCUUUGCUACAGAAAUUCUUUCCCUCAGGAGGGAUGUGACUGUGUCUGGACCAUAUGUUUAUUUCCUUUAGCCUUACUAGAAGACUACAAUGCAAUUGAAUUAAGGUCAGAGGGAGGUCUUCUUUGGGUCAGAGCCUUGUUUCACUUCUGUGAAGCUUAAGAGACAGUUAAUUUAUACCAUUUGUAUUGAGUAAAAUAACCCUGAUACUGUUCAAAGUUGGACUAAGAGUUGGACUCAGUGUAGGUAACUCUUAGUCGUAGUGAGAUCAUAUUAGUUUAUUUUGGCUUUCAUGAAGAUGCCAUUACUGUGAAGUAGUUUUCACAAUUGCUUACGCUGGUAAAUAAUUACAGUAAAGAAGUAUCUUGUUGCAUUAUCCUCAGCAGCAAUGAGACUGAUGAAUCACCCACGCUCAGAGUCUCAUUAAAUAUAGUUUCAUUAAAAAUAGAGAAUUCAGAUAGAAUAUAUAAUAUUGAAUUUAAAUAAGAUUUGGGGUUUUAAAUUUUAACUUUAUAAAAUUAUUUAUUCUAUUUUAAGCCUUCUGUCUUAUUUUACCAUCAAGUAUUUUUGGUUUCGGUGGUCCAGCUUUAUUUACGGGCAUAUAAGAUGAAAUUGUAAGAUGUUUUUACAAGCUUCUUCCUUUUACAUUGAGUUUGAGUAGCUUUUAUUUGUAUGUUUUCGUUUUGUAUGGAUAAAGAGCAUUAUGCUUUUGUGCAAUAGGUUUGAAACAUGCAUUUAUUAGGCAUAUGUUUAAAUUGUAAAUGUAGCACCUACUUACCAUUAAAUUUAAAAGGAAUGUAGAUGGUUUUUCUCACUGUUCAAAUGGGGUUUUAUUUGGGGCUAUUAUUUGGGGGGGUUGUUUUCUGAUUCGUUCCUUUUUUUAUUUUAAGAGUGAAGUGUGGGAUUUAAAUUUGUGUAAGUACAAGACCUAUCUGUCAGCAAUAUUUUAAAAUAAAUGAUCUUUCAAGAAACCUUAAUGUGAAUUGUGGAAGCAAUUGGCAAGACUUGCAGCCUAUCUGAAAAUGUUUUGUGCCAUUGUUAUGUCUGGUAUAUUUGUGUACCAUCAAACCUGGGAAUAUUUAUUUUUAUUGGUUGUGCAAUAGUAUAUAUACACAACACUAUCACCUCUGGGGAUAUGGGACCAUAAAAAAUAUCAGACUACAACUAUGAUGGUGCUAUUUUUUUCCAAUAGGCUGUGAGCCUUGGAAAGUUUAUCUGGCUCUUAUUGUCUUUAUAACAACAUAGUUAGUCCUAGGAGAUUCACUGAGGUUUUUUUCCCUACUGGAUGAUAAACAUAACCAGACAAUUAGCCUAUUUUACAGCAUUAUGUGUCUUACCAUUGAGCUAAAUAUAAUAGGAGAAAGCCAACCAGUCUGUACAUCAGCAAGAUGAAUGUUAAUAAGUACGUAAAAUGCAUUUUGUACAGAAGGCUUGACUGUACAGAAAAAUCAAGUUUGUGUAUUUCCUCAGGUAAUCACUUCAGUUUGGAUAUUUCACUGGAAACGUUAAUGCAACCUACACUUCAGUUAGUCCGCCUAAAGUUGAUAAGAAGGCAAAAAAAUUGUCCCAUACACUAGAAUCUCUACGAAAGAUAUAAUUAACUGUAACUAAGGUCUUGAGAUCUGUUGUUGAAAUAAAAAGUUCCAGAGAGAACAACAUUAAGGAACAUGGAACAAUGCUUCAAUCUCUGCUUUAAUCAAGACUUGCAAUCAGUACAGACAUUUUGUUAGAACUUGCAUCUUGCGGCAAGUCAACAGUAAUGUCUCACUGUGGAGUUAUGGUUUAUUUAUAUACAAAUUAAAGCUCUGGUCCUGUUAUUUGAUCCACAUUUGAUCAUCCUUAAGGCUUCUUGGAAAUCUUUCGAAGCCACAAUGACCUGUCCAGAUCCUAGUGGUAGGGCAGGAACUAAAUGUCCAAUUCUAUGAACACUUACAUUAGUAACUUUACUAAUAACCUGGAUGGUUCAACAGAAACCAGUGGGAUCAUUCAUGCAAAUGGUUAGGUGUGGCUGAAGGAAGAAGCCCUGAUUUUUGAAUACUGAUGUUCCAAUAUUUUUUUUUAUUUUUAUUUGAAACUCAAAGCAUUGGUUUAAUGGAAUCUUGAAUUCAAGUGACUAAUCUGGACAAAAGGAGAGUUUGUUCUUUCCUUCUGCAACAAGAUUUUGUUAUGGUUAAGGGACAAUAAGCCAGUGCAACCACUAAGCCUUUACCCUCAACAUGGUAUAAUAAAGAUUCUGGAACUGUCGCAGUGUAAAACCAUAUUUUUGGCUUAGCUUCAUUUGAAAGUUUACAAUUUUUUACGCUUUGUGUUGCUGUGUAAUUUUUGUACUGUUGGUGGCUAGUUUUGUCUGAAUAAGCCUUUUGGGAUUAUUGCUUAAUGUUUUGAUUUUAUGAUAGUGAAGCUUGUAUCCAGUGUUUUGCCAAUUAAUAUUAUAUGCUUGUUAAUAAAAGCAGAGAAACUAACUGAAA